AUGCACGCGUUAAUACGACAAUCAAACAUGGUUGAUGGUUGAGCGAGAAUUCUGUUCAUGUAAUCCAAUUAUCUGCUGUUGUACAAGGUCAAAAUGCUCAUAACUUUCAAAACACUCCAACAGAAGACAUUUAAAAUUGAAAUUGAAGAUACAGAAAAGGUCAAAGUUUUAAAAGAAAAAAUAGCAGUUGAAAAAGGUGAUGAAUUUCCCGUUGAAGGUCAAAAGUUGAUAUAUUCAGGCAAAAUUUUGGAUGAUGAAAAGGCGAUAUCAGAAUACAAUAUUGAUCCAGUCAAGAAUUUUGUGGUUGUUAUGGCUGUGAAGCCUAAAGCAAAACCUGCUGUUGAGAAGCCAAAAGAAGGCGAAUCAUCUUCUAUGGCACAACCUGCACCACAAACAACAACACCAGCCACAGUAACAACACCGUCAACCGCUGCUGCUAGCGAGACUACUGCAACGUCAUCUGUAACGCCAUCAACAGAAAGUGGCACUUCAACCACAACUACAUCUGCUGAAUCUGCAUUACUCACUGGAUCAGCUUUAGAGUCUUCAAUAACGGAACUCAUGUCACUUGGUUAUAGUCGCGAACAAGUUUUAAGAGCGCUAAACAGCAGUUAUCACAAUGCGGACCGUGCUGCAGAAUACUUGCUAUCGGGGAAUAUACCAGAUGCACCGGACGAUGAUUUACCAGCCUCAGGUGAUCAACCUCCAGCAACCAGUGGCUCUUCGCCGCAACCAGGGAGUGCUGUUGGAGACUUGUCAUUUCUACGUAAUUUACCUCAGUUUCAACUCAUGCGAGAUCAAGUGCAAGAACAUCCAGAAAGUUUGCCACAACUCUUACAAGAAAUUGGACAGUCCAACCCUCAACUGUUGCAGCUGAUAAGUCAAAACCAAGAAGCCUUCAUAGCCUUGUUAAACGAAUCCGAAGCAGGCGAAGGACAGGGCGGAAUCAGCGGUGGUAAUAGUGGUGGAGCUGGUGGAAUCGCUCGAGCACCCGAUGGCGCGCUUCAACUUCAAGUGACGUCGGAAGAGAAAGCUGCUAUUGAUCGCAUUGUGGGUAUGGGUUUCGACGAACCUGAUGUGAUUCAAGCUUAUUUCGCUUGCGAGAAGAAUGAACAACUGGCUAUUGACUUUCUUCUCUCGUCAUAAUAUAUAAAACGAAAGAUGGUUCAAAGUGCAGUAAUUCAAGGUCGUUAAUAAAAAUUUCAUAGACGCUUACGGUUUCGACAUUUGUAAAAGCUAAACUUUAAAAAAUCUUAUUCCUAUGUACUACUA